ACAGUAACAGAAAAUGGAGAUCCCUCUUCUGGAAAACAAAUGAGGAAAAAACGUAUAAAAAGACUGCAUCAUCAGCUAUCAAAGGGACCAUACAGCUGGGUAUAGGAUACACAGUAGGCAACCUCACAUCUAAGCCUGACAGAGAUGUACUUAUGCAAGAUUUUUAUGUCGUAGAGAGUGUCUUUCUUCCCAGUGAAGGGAGCAAUCUAACUCCUGCUCAUCAUUAUCCAGACUUCAGAUUUAAGACGUAUGCUCCUUUAGCCUUCCGCUAUUUCAGAGAACUAUUUGGUAUUAAGCCUGAUGACUACUUGUAUUCAAUUUGCAGUGAACCUCUAAUAGAACUAUCCAACCCUGGUGCAAGUGGAUCUUUGUUCUUUGUCACCAGUGAUGACGAGUUCAUAAUCAAAACAGUUCAACACAAAGAAGCAGAGUUCCUUCAGAAACUGUUGCCGGGCUACUACAUGAAUCUCAACCAGAAUCCAAGGACACUCUUGCCAAAGUUUUAUGGACUAUAUUGUGUCCAGUCUGGGGGCAUUAAUAUACGGAUAGUUGUAAUGAACAAUGUUCUGCCUCGAGCACUGAAAAUGCAUUUCACAUAUGACUUGAAAGGAUCAACAUACAAAAGGAGGGCAUCCAGGAAAGAGCGAGAGAAGUCCAACCCCACUUUUAAAGAUUUGGAUUUUCUGCAAGACAUGCAUGAAGGAUUGUAUUUUGACUCUGAAACCUAUACUGCACUGAUGAAAACACUACAGCGGGAUUGUCGAGUGCUGGAAAGCUUUAAAAUCAUGGAUUACAGUUUACUGCUUGGAAUCCACAUAUUGGACAGUGCUGCAAAAGAGAGAGAAGGCGAGACCUCUCAGAACCCAUCUGAUUCUAAACGCCCAGGAGGACAAAGAGUUCUCUAUUCUACAGCUAUGGAAUCGAUACAGGGCCCAGGAAAAUCUGGGGACUGUGUCAUCACGGAGAGCACCAACACAAUGGGAGGCAUUCCAGCUAAAAGCCACAGAGGAGAGAAACUGCUGCUGUUUAUGGGCAUCAUUGACAUCCUACAAUCUUAUAGAUUAAUAAAGAAAUUGGAACAUUCCUGGAAAGCACUUGUUUAUGAUGGAGACACUGUUUCAGUGCACAGGCCAAGUUUUUAUGCUGACAGAUUUUUAAAGUUUAUGAGUUCCAGAGUGUUCAAAAAGAAUCAAACAUUAAAGUCUUCUCCCUCCAAGAAAAGAUGCAAUUCCAUUGCUGCUUUAAAAGCUACAUCACAGGAAUUUGUAUCUGUCGUUAGCCAUGACUGGAAAGAUGAAAAACAUGACUUGCUUACAGAGGGACAGAGCUAUUGUAGUCUUGAUGAAGAAGUAUUAGCCUCCCGACACAGGCCAGAUUUAGUGCCAAGCACAGCCUCUCUGUUUGAAGCAGCUUCUUUAGCAACAACAAUUUCUUCUUCCUCCUUGUACACAGAUGACAAUUAUCAACACGAUGGAACUAGGUUUUAUUCUAGCAGUAAAGUAUUGCCUUCAAGUUCAACAUUCACCUUAGAAGACAGUGCUAUCUGCUUGACUUCAGAACAGAGCACAGUGGAGACAGAGAAUGAUAAUGCUUCUGUACUGGAUGUAUACUUAUUGCAAACAGGAGGGAGAGCAACCACUCAAGAAGAAAAGAGGUAUGACACAAUGUAACAGUCCAGAAAAGGAAAAAAAUUAAACAUGAGUGUUUUUGAAGGGGAAAAAAGCACUUUCUGCACUCCAAAUUUGCAAGGAAAAUUUGUGGAUCUAAAAUAUGUGAUCAAGAGAACAUCUGUGGAAAACACCAAUGGAUUUUUGCAUCCUAGAAAUAAUACUUAGACUUGCAGAUGAGACAUGAAACAUUCCACACUUUACUAUGACGUGCUGUUGCCUGCUGAACUGUGAAGAACUGCUUACACCUUAUCUUAAGCUGCUUUCUCUACUGUUGCCAAUCAUCUUUUCAGGACAUGAAAGUGAUAUUUUCUUAUUGACUCUCACGUGAUUUUUCAUUUGCAUGUAUUCAGUGAUUAUGCACAAAACAAAGUAUCUAAUCUGCUUUGCCUAUUUAAAAAGCCAUCAUCACACUGGUGAUUAUUAUGUAAAUCAAUUCUGCUUUCCCCCAGAAUUAUAAUUGCUCACCUAUUAAUUUCACACAAGGGUUAGUGUAAUAUGUCUGCACAUACUUUAUGGAAACUAUCUUCUGUAAAGAAAUUUUCACUGUUUAUUAGUGAAAAAGUUAUUUAUAACAAGGCCUUAUGUUGUGUACAUAUAUUGUCUUUGAAAUAUUUGUGAUUAGAUCUAUUGCUUGUAAAUGAUAAAAUUACAUAAUUUAUUUAGUAUAUUCUACUGUAAACUAUAGUUUUAUUGACAGAAAUAAAGUAUUUUGUUC